ACCCACUUCUGAUCGAGACAGAGUCUAGAGAGGAUAACUCACUGAGGAAGGGAAGCUUCUGUGGAGCAAACUUUAACUAAACGGACUAUUCUUGUGCAUUUUCAACUCUUAAGCAAAGUCUGCAAACAUGCCUGUGUCAAGGAUGAGGAUGAGGCCAUGGCUGGAGAAGAUGAUCGAGUCCCAUACCAUCUCAGGUCUUACCUGGGUGGACAAGGAUAAGACGAUGUUCUCCAUUCCCUGGAAGCAUGCCGCCCGGCACGGCUGGGAGGUGGACAAGGAUGCUUGUCUUUUCAAAAAAUGGGCCGUCCACACAGGAAAAUACACCGAAGGUCAGAGCUCUGACCCAAAGACAUGGAAGGCAAACUUCCGCUGUGCGAUGAACUCGCUGCCUGACAUCGAGGAGGUGAAAGACAGAAGCAUUAACAAAGGCCACCAAGCUGUGCGCGUCUUCAGGAUGUUACCCCCCACACCUAAAUCGAGAGAUAAACGCUGCAAAGCAAAGGAAGCGGGCUCCAGGAAGAAGACUUCACAGAUCAAGAUGGAGGAAGACGAGGAUUACAGCGACACCCAGUCCCCCAUGAACGAGUCGGCGAAUGAAGACACACAGUCCACUCAGGAGAGCACGGUGGACAGCACGGUGCACACAGAUCAGCAAGAUUUAGCGUGUGUGUCGCCCUCUGAAGUUCCAGACUGGUCCUUCUCUGUCGAGAUCGGGAAUGAGAGCUUUCCAAACUUCCCACACAGAUUUGAAGUCUCACCUGAACACGACCCCGACUACGACAACAUCAUCGAGAUUUGCCAGCAACUGGAGAAAGAAACAAACAUGAUGUCGAGCAGUUUAGACGACACGGGGUUCCUGAGCAAUGAAGCAUGCACCAGUCCAGGGAGCCAAUGGAGCGAAUCCUCCUCAGUCGAAGAGCUAGACGAGCUCCCGCAGUACACAGUUCUGGGCUCAGGCUUCCUCAGCCCCACAGACGACAUCUGGAACAGCUUCUGCUCCCCCAUGUACUGAGUCAGGACGGGACAGGACGGUGCUUUGUCGCUUUGGACUUUUACAGAGCUUGUCCUAACUGCUCCACUUGUACAGACCCUUCUUUCAGCUGACACAACCAUCCUCUUCAUCCUCAUCAUCGGCGUCAUCCCUCCACACCGUGAUGGGUGGUGUCCUCAUUUUAAGCUAAAACACGGCCCUCCUGCUUCCCCCCGUUUGGUGCCUUGUGUUGCCCCGUGAGAGCGUCCCUCCUCAUCCUCCUGAACCUUUCUGUGAAUCUCAGAGAAGCUAUGAAGUGCACUGCUGUUUGUAUUUAUUGUUUUUGGCUGGUUCAAGGCAUCCCAUUUAUCUGACAGUACAACAUAUAUGUCAAACUCAUGCAGGAAUAACAUGGGGUCACACACUCAUUAACACAUAGCAGGUAGUUUAAAGCUACCUCCACAUGCAUACAUGAUCAUAUCCAGAUAGAUUUGUCAGGUAGUACCAAGUUAUCCCAUAUCUGUUCCUCCGUUAUGUGCCAUACUUAAAGUUUGAGAUCUUCUCACUGUUGGUGAAGUCUCUAUGUCAGAAUCAUGUUGCUUGUUUGUAGCUUGAAGCAAAAUGUAAAUAUGUAAAUAUUUUUCUUGUUUUUUUUUCUAAGAAAAUAAAAAUAACUUUGUGAAAGAA